AGUUAGCGGGAUUAGUAAAAAUACAAUUUUACUUAACGACUGUUGUGCUGAUCCCGUAGCUAUCACAACUAGAGAACUGCCAACUGCACACAUUAUUUCUGUUGCUCAAUAACAACGAUCACCGGUAGGACUGCAGUGAAUCUAAUUAAUUAGUUCUUUACUUGAGGGAAGAAAUAUCAAAUUUAGGUCAACAUUAUUGCUAUAAAUUAUCAUUACACAAUAGAGUGCAAUAUAUAAUAAAAACCAAUUUUUUUUCAGUGCUAGAAUCUUGGGACCGAUAUCCAGUCGGUUUACUUGCGGGAAACACAUACCAAAUGGGAGUCUAUGAUGAAUGUGUAGACAUACGUUACCCGGUGAAAGGACAGUAUUGUUUGUCUGAAAUAAAAAUAAUUCCACCUGCAGGAAGAGAUUAUAGCUUCAAAAGAACGGAAGAUUUAGACGAUUUCGGUCACGACCAUGCAUGGAAAACCAUACUUGGGUGGACCGAUUACCAGGACCAAGUGCAACGAAACAUUUUGAAUUUGGGAAUAUGCGUACCGGACGGGUGUUCAGCGUCAGACCUACAGACAUCCCUACAAAGCGAAUUUGACGAGGCGUUUUCCCCCGAACAGCUAAAAGCCGUCGUCAGAGUAGACCCGAUAAAGUGCAGGGUCCGCGAAGAUAUGUAUCCCUACUACACGCCGUAUUACGUAACUUUGUGGAUAUUUUUACUGCUCGUUCUGAUCUGUUGCUGUGCGACGUUACACCAUUUCAUAAGAAUAUUGUACCGACAAAACACAAACGAAACCGGUGAAGUGCCUAGGACAUUUUUCUACGAAUUUUCAUUUAUCGAGUCAAUCAAAACAUUGUUGAAAUUCGACAAAGACAAUAAAUUAAAUAUUUUUUAUACCACAAAAGUAAUGAUGAUGCUUUUUGUUAUGUCUGGACAUUAUAUUCUUGCUUUGAUGUCGAAUCCUAUAAGUAAUGCUAAGUUCGUGGAUAAUAUAUACCUCAACGGACCAGCUGUGCUGUUGACUAGUUUGAACAUCGUUGACCCAUUUUUCUUCAUGAGCGGUUUCAUCAUGUACAUAAACCUUUCUCGAGAAUUUCGAAAACCAAAGGCUGAAUCAGUUUGGAAGACACUCUCGAUGCCAAUCAUCCAGCGAAUAAUAACAAUGUUACCGGCUUAUUGCGCGAUGAUGGCCAUCACGGCGCAUAUUAUACCCCACCUCGGAGACGGUCCGCUGUGGCCAAUAAAGUCGUGGGGAGAAGCCGAGAUAUGUAAGAACUAUUGGUGGACCAACCUGUUGUUCAUAAGUAAUUUCGUUGAAGUCGAUCAUCAGGUAUUACGAUGUAUUUUAAUUUUUAAUCCACAAUAAUACAUU